AGUGAUUUCAGGCUGAGAGUGGUUCCUAGUCAUUUAUAAAUGCUUCUAAGAAGAUCCAGUAGGUGGUGCCCGGGGACCUUGCUGCAAGGCUUACAGAGCAAAACAAUCCGCUUGGGUGGGAGAGCUGAGCAAGGGUGGAACAUUUGGCUCGGUGUCUCAGACAGGAAGUGGUGGGAGGGAAGUAGCUAUUGCUGCUGGAAACGAGGCCUGCCGGAGCUGUUUCUGUGGCCUAGAUCCCUUUAGUGAGCUGACAGCCAGGCCAGCUUCAGUGGAGUCCUAAGUUAUCUGUCUGGCCCUAGGAGCAUUGGCCAGACUCUGAGGAUGACCCUGGAAUGACUGAGUGCGUUGGAGCCGGUACUCCGUUCCACAGAGGUGCAGCGAUCCCCCAUCUGUUAGGAGUCAUAUUAAGGUAGUUUUAAGUCUCUGUUACUUGGGAACAAGGAUUUUACAGGUGUGUUUCAACGAAGCAUUUAAAAUUUCCCAGGCCACUGUAGUUCCAUGCAGCCCAGAAUCUAACGAGUGAAAUCCCAUCAGGCCUUUUAGUUGCAGGCUAAUGACUGUUUCUUAGGGGCAGCCAGGAAUGGAUAAGUUCUUGGUCAAAAGGCCUUCCUCAGGCAAGAACAAACAAGAACCCUUGGAGAUGAAGGGAGGAGAGCUGGAUUGUAUGAGAGAUGGGGGAGAGAAGAAAAGGCCCCGGUCAGAAAUGCCAGGUGCAGAUGAGUCCUUUGUGCAUUCUCCGUGGAGGCAAAUCCGGGCUGAGGGUCUGAACUGCGAUUACAAGAUCCUGUUCCGCAAAACUGAGGCUGACAAGAUUUUCCAGGAGCUGGAAAAGGAAGUGGAGUAUUUUGAAGGUGAUCUUACCAAAGUGCAAGUGUUUGGCAAAUGGCACAGCAUCCCAAGGAAGCAGGUGACAUAUGGAGAUCCUGAGUUAACAUACACUUACUCAGGUGUUACCUUUCCUCCUAAGCUAUGGAUUCCAGUUCUCAACCGUAUCAGAGAGCGCAUCACCCUGGCCACUGGACACACUUUUAAUUUUGUUCUUAUUAACAGAUAUAAAGAUGGCUGUGAUCACAUAGGCGAACAUCGAGAUGAUGAGACAGAAUUGGUUCCACGGAGUCCCAUUGCGUCAGUGUCCUUUGGAGCCUGCAGGGACUUUUUCUUCAGGCAUGGUGCUUCCCGAGGGAAAAACGCCUCAUGCCACAUUGAGCCAGUCAAGCUGCAGCUGGCCCAUGGCAGUUUACUAAUGAUGAACUACCCCACCAAUGUGUACUGGUAUCACAGCUUGCCCACCCGCAAAAAGGUGCUAGCCCCAAGAAUCAACCUGACAUUUCGGAAAGUGAUGGCUUUACCAAAAAAAUGAAGUUAUUUAACAACCUAACAUCUAGCUUUAACAUCCCCUUUUACCUCUGAAAAUGAGAACUUUCUUUCCAUGUCAUAAGUCAAUUUCUCUUUCAAACACAGCCUUUUCCUUUGCACAUAUAGCAAGAGAUAGAAACCUAGCUGUGCUGCAAGCUAUGUCACGAGUGUAUUUAAAUUCGGAAAGCAAACAGGGAAUAACAUGCAGUUGUUUAGAUACAAAUACGGUAACCAUUUGAUCUUGGAUGUCAAGAUUAUUUUCCUACAGCCAAGCACUACUGUAGCCUGAUGGUAUAUUUUUCUACUGCUAUUCUCCUUGGUUCAGAAGGAGGUUUAUUGUUAAAUCCAUGGUAGUCCUAUCAGUGAGUAUGCCUUGUUUUUUGUUUUGAAGUCUCAAGUGUAUACAGCUGUCUACUAAAUACUAACGUUCCAUAGAAUGUAAUAAUUCAGAAAGUCUGAAAUGUUCUCUACAAAUGAGUCGUAUAUUUUUUUAAAUAAAACAAGAGUCUUCUACAA